UCAUUCCUAUUCGAAGUCGUCCUAUAUCUCUAUAUAAAUACACACCGGUACUGCAUUGCUCUUCAUUAUUUGCCUUGUUGAGUCUCAUUCGAUUUCCUUCUCUCUCUUCUUCAAAAGCAAACGACUACUUUUCUGUUCUCUCAAGAUGCAGAUCUUUGUAAAAACCCUAACUGGCAAGACCAUCACGCUCGAGGUCGAGAGCUCUGAUACGAUCGACAACGUGAAAGCUAAGAUCCAAGACAAGGAAGGAAUUCCCCCCGAUCAGCAGAGGCUGAUUUUCGCCGGAAAACAACUCGAGGACGGCCGGACACUCGCUGAUUACAAUAUCCAGAAGGAGUCGACUCUCCAUCUGGUUCUCAGGCUUCGUGGAGGCAUGCAGAUCUUCGUCAAAACCCUAACUGGCAAGACCAUCACGCUCGAGGUUGAGAGCUCUGAUACGAUAGAUAACGUGAAAGCCAAGAUCCAAGACAAGGAAGGAAUUCCUCCAGAUCAGCAGCGGUUGAUUUUCGCCGGAAAACAGCUCGAGGACGGCCGUACUCUCGCCGAUUACAACAUCCAGAAGGAGUCCACGUUGCAUCUGGUGCUGCGUCUCCGCGGUGGAAUGCAGAUCUUCGUCAAAACCCUAACAGGGAAGACCAUAACCCUAGAGGUUGAAAGCUCCGACACAAUAGACAACGUGAAGGCUAAGAUCCAAGACAAGGAAGGGAUUCCUCCCGAUCAGCAGCGUCUGAUUUUCGCCGGAAAGCAGCUCGAGGACGGUCGUACUCUGGCUGACUACAACAUCCAGAAGGAGUCCACCUUACACCUGGUGCUCCGUCUCCGCGGUGGAAUGCAGAUCUUCGUCAAAACCCUAACUGGCAAGACCAUAACCCUCGAGGUCGAGAGCUCUGACACAAUCGAUAACGUGAAGGCUAAGAUCCAAGACAAGGAAGGGAUCCCUCCGGAUCAGCAGCGUCUGAUAUUCGCUGGGAAACAGCUCGAGGACGGUCGUACUCUCGCUGAUUACAACAUACAGAAGGAGUCCACUCUCCAUUUGGUUCUGAGGCUUCGAGGUGGGAUGCAGAUCUUUGUGAAGACACUCACUGGAAAGACGAUUACUUUGGAAGUGGAGAGUUCGGACACCAUUGACAACGUGAAGGCCAAAAUCCAAGACAAAGAAGGCAUUCCUCCGGACCAACAGAGGUUGAUAUUUGCCGGAAAGCAGCUGGAGGACGGAAGGACUCUUGCAGACUACAACAUUCAGAAGGAGUCUACACUCCACUUGGUGUUGAGGCUUAGGGGAGGAAUGCAGAUCUUUGUGAAGACACUGACUGGGAAGACCAUCACAUUGGAGGUGGAAAGUUCGGACACAAUCGAUAAUGUGAAGGCUAAAAUUCAGGACAAGGAGGGUAUUCCACCUGAUCAGCAGAGAUUGAUCUUUGCUGGUAAGCAGCUUGAGGAUGGGCGUACUCUUGCUGAUUACAACAUACAGAAGGAGUCAACCCUUCACCUUGUCCUUCGCCUCCGUGGUGGUGAUAUCUGAAACCCCGCAUUUGUGGGUCUAGUUGUGAGUCCUCACUUUGUUCGUGAAAACAAUGAAUUAUGCAUUUGUGUUCUAAAUUCUCUGUAGUUUCUAACUGCUUUUGGGUUCUGCAAGUUUCAAUUGAAUAAAAUUUCUUUGUGUUUUGUUUA